CGGAUCCACCCCUUCCCGGUUCGGACCAGAGGAGCUCCCAGCCCGGCACCCACGGGACAGAGACGGAGACCCAACCGAGCCCCCAGUGCCGCCCUCCUCGGGGAUCGCUCGACUAAUGGGGCCGGAGGGAGCUGCGUAGCCCAGCCCCUCCUCGGCGGGGAGGAGGAGAGGAACAACGCACACGAAAAAAAAAUAAAAAAUAAAAUAAAUAAAACCAUUCCGGAGCGGAGGAGGAGACGCCCUCUGCUCGGGCUCGCCCACUCCCGGCGUGGCAGCCAGCACCGAGCGGAACGCGCCCCGAGGCGGCCCGGUCCCUGCAGGAGGAGGAGGUGGAGGUCCGGGACCGGGACCAGGACCGGGACGAUGCUGUCGGGGCUGGGGCGGGCGGUGCGGAGCGGCUGGCCCCCGGGCAAGCGGCGGCCCCCGGUGCUGUUCGGCGUGUGGGACGGCUCCUCGCUGCCCUCAGUACCUCCGGGGCUGGGCAGGGUGAGAUGGAGCCAGGGGCUAGCAGGACCUCACAGCACACUGGAGACAUCUGAUGGAGUAACUAUUAAUUACAGACAUGGUCUCCCUGUGAUAACUCUCACACUGCCCACAAGAAGUGAACGCUGUAUUUUCACUGUGAAGCCCAUGGUGACCACUGUUGGGGCAUUCCUGAAGGACCUGCAGAGAGAAGAUAAAGGAAUCCAGAGGGCAGAAGUCUUUGCACCAGAUGGCAGCAAAGUCUCUGAUGCAACCUUGAUGGAGGUUUUAUUGAUGAAUGACUUCAAACUUGCUAUUAACAACACAGCACAUCUUGUGUCACCUCCUGCCAAAGAUAAGCUGAGUAGUGAGCAUGCUACAGAAAUGGAAGAUAUCAAAUCCUUGGUUCACAGGCUGUAUGUGGCUCUCCAUUUAGAAGAUCACCAGAUCAGGAAGGAGAGAGAACUACUAGAGAAACUGGAUCAUCUGAAAGAAGAGCUGCUGCCUCUGGAACAGAUGAAAGCUGGAAUCACAGCCAGUGCAGAUGCAAAGACCUCCAGGCUGCUGUGGGUUGGUUUGGCAUUGCUGUCAGCCCAAGGAGGAGCUUUGGCUUGGCUCACGUGGUGGGUCUACUCGUGGGACAUCAUGGAGCCCAUCACCUACUUCAUCACUUAUGGGAGUGCCAUGGCCUUCUAUGCCUAUUUUGUUCUUACCAAACAGGACUACCUUUACCUCGAUGCUAAAGACAGGCAGUUCCUCCACUACUUCUAUAAGAAAUCCAAAAAGCAGCAUUUUGAUGUGGAACAAUACAACAAGCUCAAAGAAGACGUAGCAGAGGUAGAAGAAUCACUGAGGCGCCUGCGCCAGUCUCUGCACCUGAGGCUUCCAGUCCAGGAAAUCAGUGCCAAGGACUGACUUUGGUUUUGUAUAUCUGAGAAUAUUUACCUUUCCUCUAGAGAAACUGGAUAUUUUUUACCACUUUAGUUUUGAAAGUUGC